AGUCAACCAGCCACCUUGGCGGUGCAGCGAGUUGGGAGUGAGUUCAUGUGGAGGUACAACACAGAAGAACUGGGGGAAACUUUUUGUAGCUCUGUAAUAUUCAUGACAUUUGUAAGGGGCCCUAAAGAGAGGAAUCCAGGAAUCUUGACAUGUUCAAGGCAGUGCUGAAGAAAAAUAGAGAUGGAGGCAAAGGGAGCAAAAAGGAUUCAGGUGACGUUCACAGCCAUAGUGCUCAGAGAAGAUUUCCUCCUGAGGCAAACCCCCAGCCUGGCAGCGGUCAUCUUAACGCACAAGAUGACAUUUUCAGGCUAAGCUUUACCAAGGGAGUGUCCAUGUCUCUCCCUUCCUCACCUCUUCUGCCACGGCAGUCCUAUAUGAUGCCCUUGCGUCCUAACAAGAAAUCACCAGGUCCGAUCAGGAAACCCAAAUAUGUGGAGAGUCCUCGCGUUCCUUCUGAUGCCAUUGUUUCGGCUCUGAGGAAGGUGGCUGAUAACAAGGAGCCUUCUCACAAUGAGCUACAAGCAGAGCAACAACCAGGCUCCUCCUCUCCUGCCACUCAGGAACUGAUGACAAGGCUGGGCUUUUUGCUGGGAGAAGGGAUCCCGGGUACGGCACGCAUACCUAUGGAUGACAAGAAUGAAAAGAAGUUCUUCAUUGCUACUCCAGCGACAGAAAAUUGCUCUCUGACCAGCCAAGGUAUCAGUCCCUGCUCCACCCUGACCAGCAGCACCGCGUCUCCCAGCACCGACAGUCCCUGCUCCACCCUCAACAGCACAGCCAGCCGUCCCCCGCUCAGCCGCUCCAGCCCCUGUGGGACAAUCACCAGCCCCAGCUCCACACUUGAGAGCAAAGACAGUGGCAUCAUAGCCACCAUCACCAGUUCUUCAGAGAACGAUGACCGCAGCGGCUCCAGCCUUGAGUGGAGUAAAGAUGGCAGCCUGAGAAGCAACGGCAGACAUGGCCUGGCACAGAGUGUGCGGGCCGACACGUGCUCUCCUGUGGUGGAGGAAGAUUACUCGGGCAGCGCCGCAGCAACCCCAGCUGACACCCCGUCCAGGACCGACCACCAGCAGCCUCAGUCCAACCCGUCAGCGGGAGCACCGGGGCCGGCAGAGCCUGCGAGCCCGUCGCCUGAGAGCCCCACGCCUUACCCGCCACAGACGUCGUCAUCGUCCCUCAUGAUGCCGAGGCCCAACUCUGUCGCAGCAACCAGUUCCACAAAGCUAGAAGACCUGAGCUUUCUAGAUGAACAGCGAAACACCCCCCUGCGGACGUCCAUCCGCCUGCCUUGGCAUAAUACAGGAGGACGGCCGCCUCAGGACUCUAAAGCACGUUUUGCUCCCUACAAACCAGUGGACAUCAUGCUCAAGCCCUUGUUGUUCGAGGUUCCCAGCAUCACCAUGGACUCGGUGUUCAUUGGCCGAGAUUGGCUUUUUCAGAAGCUUGAAGACGUCCUGAAGAGCAGCGAGUCCCCGGGGAAACACGGGGCCGUAGUGGUGGGCAGCGUGGGCUACGGGAAGACGGCCAUUAUCUCCCGACUGGUGGCGCUGAGCUGCCACGGAGGACGCAUGCGUCAAAUAGCCUCCAACAGUCCAAGUGCCUCCCCUAAAGGACAAAGUGCAGAACUUCCUCUCAGCCAGCCGCCGCAGCCCACGCCCCCAUCCAGUGCCAACAACACACUGAGGACCAGCAGCUGCCCAGGGACCCCCGAGAUGCAGAGACACCGGGAGGAGGCGGUCAAACGUCUGGCCUCCAAGGUGGUUGCGUAUCAUUACUGCCAGGCGGAUAACACGUACACCUGCCUGGUACCAGAGUUUGUGCACAGCGUUGCCGCUCUGUUGUGCAGAGCGCAUCAGCUGGCUGCGUACCGGGAGCUGCUGCUGAAGGAACCGCACCUCCAGAGCAUGCUCAGCCUGCGCUCCUGCGUUCAGGACCCCAUGGCUGCUUUCCGGAGAGGCGUCCUAGAGCCCUUAGCCAACUUACGUAAAGAGAGGAGAAUUUCAGAAGACGACCACAUAAUCUUGAUAGAUGGCUUGAACGAAGCUGAGUUUCAUAAGCCUGAUUAUGGAGACACCAUCGCCUCCUUCAUCACAAAGAUCAUUGCCAAAUUCCCACCCUGGCUUAAACUGGUGGUCACCGUCCGGGUCAACUUACUGGAGAUCACCAGCCUUCUCCCCUUCUCCAAGAUCUCCCUGGAUGACUUCGCUGACAACAAAGAGAUAAGCAACGACCUCAACUCUUAUAUCCAGUAUCGCGUCGGUGGCAGCAAAGACAUCAUGAACAACAUCAGCCUGAACGGGAAGGCCGAUUCAGUCACGGUGAACAAGUUCAGCAGCCACCUGAUCUCCCGCAGCCAGGGCUCCUACCUGUACCUCAAACUCACCCUGGAUCUGAUCGAGAGGGGCCAUCUGGUGAUCAAGAGCGCCAGUUACAAAGUCGUGCCCGUUUCACUGGCUGAACUUUACCAGUUGCAGUGCAACAUGAAAUUCAUGACCAAUUCAGCCUUCGAGCGCUCUCUGCCCAUCCUCAACGUGGCGCUGGCCUCGCUACACCCCAUGACAGAUGAGCAGCUGUUUCAAGCCCUCAACGCCGGCUUCGUCCAGGGGGAGCUGCCGUGGGAGGACUUCCAGCAACGCAUGGAGCUGCUCUCAUGCUUCCUCAUCAAGCGGCGUGACAAGACGCGCAUGUUCUGUCACCCUUCCUUCAGGGAGUGGCUCGUGUGGAGAGCUGAUGGAGAGAGUACAGACUUCCUCUGCGACCCCAGGACUGGCCACGCUUUCAUAGCCUUUAUGUUGUCCCGCCAAGAGGGGAAGCUGAAUCGUCAGCAGACGAUGGAGCUGGGACAUCACAUCCUCAAGGCGCAUAUUUUUAAGGGUUUGAGUAAGAAAACAGGCGUGUCAUCCAGCGUGCUCCAGGCUCUGUGGAUCAGCUCCGGUGCCGAGGGCCUUUCUGCCGCCUUGGCUUCCCUGAGGAACCUGUACACACCUAAUGUGAAGGUGAGCCGUCUCCUGAUGCUGGGAGGGGCCAACGUCAACUACCGCACCGAGGUCCUGAACAACGCGCCGGUGCUUUGCGUCCAGUGUCACCUUGGUCACCAGGAGAUCGCGUCGCUGCUCCUGGAGUUUGGCGCCAGCCUGGACGUGGUGUCUGAGAACGGCAUGAGCCCCCUGUGCUUCUCGGCCGCGGCGGGACACCUGGGACUGGUCAUGCUGCUCUGCAUGAGGGGCGCCAAGGUGGAUCACGUCGAUAAGAGCGGCCAGUGUGCUCUGGUUCAUGCCGCAUUACGUGGACACACCGAGAUAAUCCAGUACCUGCUGGAGCUGGAAUGGAGCGCCGAUGGGCCGCAGCAGGACUGCGCUCUGAAGAACAAAGCUCUGCAGCAAGCUUUGAUUGCAGCCUCGAGCAUGGGACACACGCAGGUGUUGCGGAGCCUGCUGGUGUUGAAAAAUGACCAUGCUGUGCAAAUUGAUAGUCAUGACACUCUGUGGGGUGAGACGGCUCUGACGGCUGCAGCUGGUCGUGGGAAGAUGGAGGUGUGCAGCUUCCUGUUGGAGCAGGGCGCGGUGGUGCAGCAGGUGAACCGGCGAGGGGUUUCUCCUCUGUUCUGCGCCGUCAGACAGGGACACUGGCAGAUAGCAGAGACGCUGCUGCAGCACGGAGCCGACAUCAACAUCAGCGACAAGCAGGGCCGAACGCUGCUCAUGGUGGCCGCCUGCGAGGGCCACCUGAGUACCGUGGAGUUCCUGCUGUCCAAAGGGGCAUCUUUAACGGCGAUGGACAAGGAGGGGUUGAUGCCUCUGAGCUGGGCGUGCUUGAAAGGACACAAAAACGUGGUGCAGUUCUUGGUGGAGAAAGGUGCCAUCAUCGACCACACGGAUAAAAACGGAAGAACUCCGCUGGACCUCGCUGCCUUCUUUGGAGACGCAGAGAUUGUCCAGUACCUGGUAGAGAAAGGAGCAGUGAUCGAGCACGUGGACCACAGCGGGAUGAGGCCUCUGGACCGGGCCAUCGGCUGCAGGAACACGUCGGUGGUGGUGACUCUGCUGAAGAAAGGGGCCAAGCUGGGCAACAGAACGUCUCCUUACGAUCGAUCAGGGAACGCCGCGUGGGCCAUGGCCACUUCCAAGCCCGACAUCCUCAUCAUCCUCCUGCAGAAGCUGAUGGAGGAGGGAAACCUGCUGUACAAGAAAGGGAAAAUGAAAGAGGCGGCCCAAAGGUACCAGUACGCCCUCAGGAAGUUCCCCCGAGAAGGCUACAGCGAAGACCUGAAGGCCUUUAAAGACCUGAGGGUCUCCCUGUACCUCAACCUCUCCCGCUGUCGGAGAAAAACCAACGAUUUCGGCAUGGCUGAGGAAUUUGCAACAAAGGCACUGGAGCUGAAACCCAAAUCCUACGAGGCGUACUACGCUCGCGCCAGAGCUAAAAGGAGCAGCAGGCAGUUUGCGGCAGCCAUGGCCGACCUGCACGAAGCCGCCAGGCUGUGUCCCAACAACCGAGAGAUCCGCCGCCUGUUGGCCCGGGUGGAGGACGAGUGCAAGCAGAUGCAGAGGAGUCAGACCAAAGGGAGCCUCGCCGGGGCCGCGGCCCCGUCCUGCCAGGCGUCGGGGGGCCACGAAUCUGAGCAGGAGGACGACGAAGGCCAGGAGGACAGCUUUGAGAGGAGCGUGGACGGCCAAAGAGACGUUCUAGAGGAGGAGGAGGAGGAAGAGGAGCACGACAGGACGGGGGAAGCCUGCUGGCCGCAGAGCAGCUACUCCUUCAGCAGAGUCCCGCCCGCCGACGGUCUGGGGCAGCAGAGCCCGGCGACCAGCCCUCCCCCGGGCCCCGGCCGGCUGCAGCCGCACCGCUACCCCCGGGAGCACCGGGAGGCUCUGGCCCAGCAGGCUCUGGUCCUGCAGCCCACCAAGCAGGCCCAGAUAGUCAAGACCAACCAGCACAUGAGCUCCAUGCAGGCGGCGGGGGGCCGCUCUACAGGGGGCAGGUCCCAGUACGCGCCCUCCAGCCCUUUACCCAGCCGACACAUGUCCAGCAAGCUGAAGCCCGGCCCGGGAACCAUCGACAUCAGCCCCCUGCCCACCCCGACCGACGAGCCGCUGUACGGGAACCGCAUGUUGCUGGCAGCUGCGUCCCUCUCCGCAGGGCAGAGCGGCGACGGCGAGAGCCUGCUGCCCCCCCAGGCCUCCUACUCCUCCAAGAGUCUGGGGCAGGACCGGCUCUACGCCCACUCUGCCUCCUCUCUGGAAGGGCUGGCCUGCUUCGGCCCUGGAAACCAGGGGAACCACAGCGACCCGGGGAAGGAGGGGAUGUGUGCGGCUGCAGCGGCGGCGUCUCAGGGGGGAAGCAUGAGCAGCAUGAGCAGCAUGCGCAUCUCCAGCUCCACCAGCAGCCUGGCGUCCAGCGGCAGCCUGGCGGAGAGCAGCAAGCUGGGACCCGACGUCCGGACCAAGAUCCCCGACAAGACCAAGUACAGCCAGCAGGUCGGGCCCGCGGGGGAGUACAAGCCCAGACCUUUCAUGGGUAUCACUGACAAAACGGCCCGCUUCCAGCAGCAGCUCCAGCUCCAGCUCCAGCAGCAGCAGCAGCAGCAUCACAGCUUGCAGAGUCACCCGAGCCUGCAGUCCGCCGGUCGCAGCUGGCUGAACCAGUCCUCCUCCGACGCUCUGGUGUGUCACAACGUGGCGGCCGUGGCGCUGCAGCCGCUCGACUGCGAGCUGCCUCAUGGCAAGACAGUGAGCGCUUACGGAGAGCAGCACAAAUACCCGGCCCUCCAGGGCGGCAUGGCGGUGGGCAGCUUGCAGAACGGCGUGCACGUCAAGGAGUUUGCAGAAAAGUUCUGCCAGGCGGCCAACUGUUACAAAGAGUCCAAGCCGACGCUGGCGAUGCAGCACGGCUUUGUGGACGCCAAGCCCAAGCAGCCCGGCCUGAGCCGAGAUAAUCCUGCCAUCCACGUAGCGUCAAUGAAACCAAAGCGAUCAUUUAUAGAGUCGAAUGUCUAGAGAUGUUUGUUCCAUCUCUCCUGCAGUCCAUAACGCACACACGUGACAGCAAGAAUCUAACGUGAGGUGGAGUUGUUGGUCGUUUUGUUUUAAACAGAGUCCAGUCUGAUUUUUAAGCCUUGUAAGAAGUACGGUUUUAAAGCCGUUUAUAAGAACACACACAGAGCUAGAAGCGGUGCACCAAAACGUCAAAGUUUCACUUCUCCCAAUGUGUCGCCAUAACAGCUCCUGUUACAUAACGACAUGUCCGCCGCCAAACAGCCGCGCCGGAGACGUUGCACUGAAGGAAAUAUUUGAAGAGGGGCUGUACAAUCCUGAUCAACAAAGCAUGGACAGAAAGCACUUUACACACACACACGUUAUUGCAGAAGUGUUCUGGAUGGAGGUUUGAACUGUAUUCAUCACAUCUAUGGUGCUAAGGGAGGAGAAACACAGUUGUGACAGAAAAUACUCAGACUCAAUGUUGUAAAUUUUAUUCUAAGUUUAUACAAGUUGCAUUAUUUCCAACAAUAGCUACUAAAUUUGGCCUUUACUGGCACAGAUGCAUCAUUUUUUUUGGCUUUGAAUCGACUUUGACAUGUCUUAAGGCCGUACGUCAACCCACAUGGAGUACAAGUUUGGAUUUUUAAUCGAAGGUUUCUGAAAGUAUAUUUUCAUUUGAUCAGAAAGAAAAUGCUCCCGUUAUCAGUUCAGAAUUGAAUUUACAGCACCACAUCAUGUGCCGAAGGUGUUUUGUGAGGCGGCUGUGCAGGACGAGCGUCAGGGAGGGGCAUUCCUGUGUUUUACGAAGGAUGUUGUAGAUCCUCCACUUGUGUAUAUUGUAUAAAUCUGUACUGUUCCUUCUCUACAGUGAAGGUGUGCGUUAUGUGUAUUGUAUUUGAGUUAUAGGCACAAUGUUGUUGAAAUGGUGUUAAAACAUUUGUUAAAUAUAUUUGUACAUGAUAUAAAUCACCAUUAACACUGAAUCCCUUUCUGUAUCUGCUUGUUGUUGCCGUCUAGUUUAAUUUAUUUACAGCGCCAAUGGCUUGGCUAAUUGUAAGAGCAAUAUAUUUUAUAUAGUUAUUUUUGCACAGCUACAAUGACAUUUUAUGAUUCUCAUUAUUGUUGAGAUUUCAGUGCAUGCUACAAUUGCAGUUUAUAUUACAGAGUUGGAAAAAAAAGACAAAAA